AGGAGGGAGAAGUAAAUACGGAAGACAGAGUUAGGCCUGCUUCAAGGAGUAGCUCAUGUCUACCCCUUUGGCUUGGAGUUUUAUCGAUGUCUGCCCAAAUGCUUGCGAGUAGUGUAUGCAGCUGAAGUUAGGGAAUAGGUUAUCCACCGACUGAUAGAUGACGGCAUCGUUCAACUGAAAUGAAGAGACAAAUGGGUAAUAAGACUUCAUCGAAUGCUCCAAAAACUGACAAAUGGGAAAACUGCUCCGUAGAUCUCCCGCCUCUUCCGCUGGGCGUGCUGGAGGAGAUCUUCCUCAACAUUCCGCCCCGUGAGCUGGUGUGCAGCUGCCGGCUGGUGUGCCACGAGUGGAGGGAGCUGGUGGACAGCGCGUGUGUGUGGAAAGAGCGAUGCCGACGGGAAGGCCUGCGCCCCUCGGAGCCGGACAAAGUUCCCAGCGACUGGAGAUUAUUCUACUUCCUGUGCAGAAAGAGGCGCAACUUACUGAAGAACCCCAAGGCGGAGGAGAAGCUCUCAGGAUGGGAGCUCAUAGAGAACGGAGGAGACAAGUGGAAAGUAGAUACUGUCUUUGCAGAACAUCCAGAUAUAACCGUCAAGAAGAACUUUGUCACCUCUUAUUUUUCAUGUAUGAAGCGCCAGGUAGUUAACCUGCAAGCAGAGGGCUACAGUGCUGCUUUCAUGGAUGAAUUUCAGCCUGACAUCUUCAUAUCUGAUUGGUAUGCGCCACGUUGGGAUUGUGGUUCUGAGUAUGAGAUAUGUGUUCAGCUUCUUGAUGCAAAGAAACAAGUGCUCAAGUCUUUCAGGCCUGACAAGGUGCACUUUGACCAAUGGAAUGACCAGAAAUGGAAUCAGGUUACGCAUGUCUUCAGGAGCUAUGGGAGGGGCGUGCGCUAUGUGCAGUUCAUUCACGGGGGGAAGGACACGCAGUUCUGGGCCGGCUGGUACGGGAUUCGGGUGACGAACAGCAGCGUUGAGAUCUGUCCAGCGGGCGAGGGCAGGGCUCACCCCGCCGCCUUAAGUCCAGCCCUGAAUGUCUCCUCCGCCUGAGGUCCAGCCCUGCGCCCCACACAACCCCAAAACGCCCCCACUCACCGCACCUUUUCUGGACACCAAGUUCUCCAGAUUGACCCCAUGGGAGGUCAUUCCUAACCAAUCCGUUUUACUUUUACAUCUGUUUGUCUUUUAAUAUCAUAUGUAUUUACAUAAUUUGUUAAACAUAAUGUUAUCACUGUAACUCAAUCCAUCCAGCUAUGCAUCCAGCUAUGCAUCCACCAAAGACUAGUCAGAUUAAUCGCAGGGCCGUCCACCACAGGCUAGUCAGAUUAAUGGCAGGGCCGUCCACCACAGGCUAGUCAGAUUAAUCGCAGGGCCGUCCACCACAGGCUAGUCAGAUUAAUCGCACGGCCGUCCACCACAGGCUAGUCAGAUUAAUCGCACGGCCGUCCACCACAGGCUAGUCAGAUUAAUCGCAGGGCCGUCCACCACAGGCUAGUCAGAUUAAUCGCUGGGCCGUCCACCACAGGCUAGUCAGAUUAAUCGCAGGGCCGUCCACCACAGGCUAGUCAGAUUAAUCGCAGGGCCGUCCACCACAGGCUAGUCAGAUUAAUCGCAGGGCCGUCCACCACAGGCUAGUCAGAUUAAUCGCAGGGUCGUCCACCACAGGCUAGUCAGAUUAAUCGCACGGCCGUCCACCACAGGCUAGUCAGAUUAAUGGCAGGGCCGUCCACCACAGGCUAGUCAGAUUAAUGGCAGGGUCGUCCACCACAGGCUAGUCAGAUUAAUGGCACGGCCGUCCACCACAGGCUAGUCAGAUUAAUGGCAGGGCCGUCCACCACAGGCUAGUCAGAUUAAUGGCAGGGUCGUCCACCACAGGCUAGUCAGAUUAAUCGCACGGCCGUCGGGGCCUCCGGAGGGAAACUUCAGCUCCACAUUGUGAAUCCAGAAUAACAAUCUGAGGAUUUUACAAGGAUUCAUUAAAUUGAGUUCAAAGCUUUUAUUGUUGUCAUGACUGUCAUGAAUUAAAAGUCUUAAAGUGUG